ACUGCUAAAGCCAGAUCGAUAAAGACUGCAAUUCCUUGCAGCAAAGGAGAUACCAUAAGAAAGAAGACUGCAAGCAUGUCUGCCAAUUCAUCAGUGAGAUUUUUUGUACUGACUACCCUUGGCUUACCUUCUGCAUAUAUGUACCCAGCAUUUGUAUUCGGAACACUUACCUAUCUCAUUAUUGUAUUCUGCAAUUUGCUUGUAAUAUUGACAAUUGUAGUGAGUAAAAGGCUACAUAAACCUAUGUUUCUCCUGCUUAUUAAUCUGACCAUUAGUGACAUUCUAGGGGCAUCAGCUUUUUUUCCUCACCUUGUUUUCAGCAUUUUGACACAGAACAGAAUGAUCUCCACUCCUGCAUGUAUAACUCAAGCUUUUCUCAUUCACUUGUAUGGUACCGGAAACCUUCUGGUAUUAAGUGCUAUGGCAUAUGAUAGAUACAUUGCAAUAUGCAAUCCACUAAAGUAUAACGCUAUCAUGAGUUCAAGUAUUAUUAUUAGAAUCAUCUUUUUUAUAUGGGUUUCAGAUUUCUUACUUAUAGUCACACUGUUGGCUUUAACUUUUCAAUGUAAAAUUUGCAGGACAGAUAUAGUAGAUUUAUAUUGUAACAAUCCAUCCUUCUUAAAACUAGCAUGCGGGGACACCACCGUGAGCAACUAUUAUGGGAUAUUCCUAACCUUUAUAUUAACAGGAGGUUCAAUGUUAAUAAUAGCCUUCACAUAUAUACAGAUUUUGCGUACAUGUGUUAUGACUAAUAAUAUUGAUGCCAGGAGAAAAGCCAUUCAAACAUGUGGGACCCAUUUAGUUGUUUUUUUAAUCCUGCAAAUUAAUUCCAGCUUUACAAUCUUCUCUCAUCGUUUUCAGAAUGUUUCUUCUUUUCUGAGAAGGGCUUUUGGGGUGUCUAUUCUGAUCUUUCCACCAUUCCUGGACCCAAUAAUAUAUGGACUUAAAACAAAAGAACUAAAACAAAGUAUGAUAAUGUUUCUAAAAAGGCAUAUGAGGUCAACAAAAUAGCUUCCUUCUUUGUUGGAAAAAAGGAAGGGUUUGACAUUGU